UCUGAUUUUUUAUUCAUUAGAACGAGAAUGAGAACAGAAGUAUUUAUCAUCUUAUUAUAACAUCAGAUAUUGUUUUAUUCAUUAGAAUGAGAAUAGAAGGUUCCUGUAUUUUUAGCAAUUUCAUGCUUUAGCUUACGAGACAGCCCAUUUUUCCCUGUACCUUUUGAGUUUGUCAGCAAACUGGAAUUCAUAGGAUCCAUUAAUUCCCACCCCUAAGCCUUUGAUAUGGCCUUCCAACAUAUCUAGUGUGUGAUCUACAUGACUUCAAAUUGGUAUGUCCUCAUUUUGAAACGGAUGUGUGGACAACUAUCAAAAGCUUUAGCUCUAAACUAAAAUAAGUUAGCGUUUGAUAGUUAACGUGUAUGUUCGUAUUGAAUAUUUUUCUCUCUUUCUUUCAUUCUUAGACAUGAAUAUGAACUCUAUUCCAGUUCACUUGAUUCAGGGUAUAGUAACUAUACAAUCUAUUAAAAUUCCCAAUAGAGGAAAAAAAAAAAAAAAACUAUUGUGACACAAAGAAAAUGCAAUGGGACAGGUGAAAUGGUCCGGCUGAAAGGUAAUAUUGAGCUUUCACUGCUCAAAUUAGAAUUUCUGAAUUAUUUGGACCUGAGCGGGAAUAAUUUUGAUGGUAUUCGGAACUAUUUUGAAGAUAGAAAUAUUUCGGUUACUGUCAAUCUCACAGGACCUCAACAUAAUUAUGCUGGAAAUAUGUAGCCUUCAUCAUCUUGAUCUAGCAGGCAAUAAUGAUCUUUAUGUGGAUAAUCUUAGAUGGGUUUCUCAUUUUUCUUCCUUAAAAUACCCUAAAUUAAGUGCAAUUAAUCUUCACCGAGAAACUCAUUGGCUUCAAUACAUAACUAUGAUCCCUUCCCUUUCAGAAUAAUACAUGUCUGCUUGUCAACUUGAUAACAUCAGUCCAUCUUAUGGGUAUGCCAAUCUUAUAUCUCUGACAGCCCUUGAUCUUUCCUAUAACAAAUUUAGUUGUGAAUUACCUAAUUGGUUGUUUAACCUCAGUAACGUGCUCCACUUAGACUUGUCAGUAAGCAAAUUUACUGGGUUACUACCAGAAUCAUUAGGGAACCUCAUAUAUCUAGAAUUUGUUGAUCUGUCUAAUAACUCAUUUUCUGGUCCCAUUCCUGCAACUCUAGGAAACUUAUCAUCUUUAACAUUUUUAGAUCUUGAAAAAAAUCAAUUGAAUGGAACUCUGCCAGAAAGUAUUUGGCAACUUCCAAAUUUGAUGGCCUUGUCUGUUGCAAGCAAUUAUUUGUCAGGCGUUGUAUCUGAAGUGAAUUUCUCUAGGCUUUCAAGAUUAAAGCUCUUAGACAUGGCUGCAAAUGCUUUCAUCAUUAAUGUGAAUUCCCACUGGAUUCCUCCUUUCCAGCUUCAAAUGAUCAGCAUCGGUUCUUGCAAGUUGGGCCCCAAACUUCCUGCAUGGUUACAAACACAGAAAUCUCUCAAGUAUAUAGACAUUUCGAAGGCAGGACUUGUAGAUGCAGCUCCGGAUUGGUUUUGGAACUUUGCAGCUUGUGUGAAGUGUAUUAAACUCCCUAACAAUGCUAUCAGUGGGGACCUAUCCAAUGUUUUGCUCAACUCUAGUUUCAUUGAUUUGAGUUCUAAUCACUUCAGGGGUCAGCUGCCACUUAUAUCACCACAUAUUACCAUGUAUAAUGUUGCCAACAACUCUUUUUCAGGGCCUAUUUCUCCUUCCAUUUGCAGUGUGGUGAAUGUAGAAAAUAAAUUGGAAGUCAUGGACUUGUCACGUAACAAUUUGUCUGGAGACCUUCCUGAUUGCUGGAGGCAUUGGCAAUCUUUGCUUCACCUAAACUUGGGGAGCAAUAUCCUGUCUGGGAAAAUUCCAAACUCACUGGGUUCGUUAUUGAGGUUUCAAUCAUUGCACUUGGCCAACAAUUAGCUUAUUUGGAGACAUACCUCAUUCAUUGAAAAAUUGUAAAGACUUGAAGCUAAUUGAUUUGGGAGUAAACCAGCUUGCUGGAAAUAUACCAAACUGGAUGGGAGAAUGGACAAGGGUUCUUCAAUUAUGAUCCAAUAAAAUUCAGUGGCAAUAUUCCACCACAAAUAUGCCAAAUUUCUUCUCUUAUUGUAUUGGACUUUUCCAACAAUAGCCUAUAAAGAUCCAUACCAAAGUGCUUGAAUAAUAUCAGUGCCAUGGUUGCAUCAGAUAAUUGGCACAAUGAUGAGUAUGGUAGUUUAGACUAUGACUAUGGAUUAUACUUGGAGAAUCUCAUGCUGAUGACAAAAGGUAGGGAAUCAGAAUACACGAAGAAUCUUGAAUAUUUAAGGGCAAUUGAUCUUUCAAGUAAUAACUUGUCUGGAUCAAUCCCAACAGAAAUAUUCCUCCUUGCCAAAUUGCAAUCUCUAAACUUGUCUCAGAAUCAUUUGAUAGGAAAGAUAUCAAAGGAUAUUGGGUCCAUGAAAUCCUUAGAAUCACUUGAUCUCUCAAGAAACCAUCUAUUUGGUGAAAUUCCUUCGAGUAUGUCUAAUUUGUCUUUUCUUAGUUACUUGAAUCUGUCAUACAACCAUUUCUCUGGAGCAAUUCCAUUGGGCACCCAACUUCAAAGUUUUGAUGCUCUCAGUUACAUUGGCAAUCCUCAACUUUGUGGUGAUCCUCUUCCGAAAACCUGCGUAUCUCUGAAUGGAACACCAGUUGGCAAAAAUGAUGAUGACUAUGGAAAUUCUAGCUUCUAUAUGGAUAUGGGAGUUGGAUUUGCAAUUGGUUUUUGGGUAGUUUGUGGAGUUCUUUUCUUCAAUCGGACCUGGAGGCAUGUUUAUUUCAGGUUUCUUGAUGAUAUGAAGGAUUGGGUUUAUGUGACUACGGUGCUAAAGGCGAAUAGGUUCCUGCAAAACCUAAGAAGCUGCAAUUUUUGCAAGUGAAAGUGCUGUGAAGCUGUGACCUCGCUGAUUUAGGAGUUUAGGAAGAAAUCCGACUAUCAUUGACAAGCUGCCCUCUAUGAUGUCAAGCUCAAAAGAAGUGUAGUGGCCCCCUCUAUGGUUAGUAGCCUUUGAAUUUGUGUUUUCAAAUAUAAGAGAUAAACUUUUCCUUAUUGUGUACUACUGUUACAUAUGGGACUUCAUGUAUCUGGGUACCCUACGAGAGUACUCUACAAACGUUCUAUAUGUAUAAAUUAACAGUUUACUUAAAUAAAUAAGACCUCCCUAUUGACUAAAAAAGAAU